GACACGAGAUGAGAAAUCGCGUUGUCCAGUUCGUCGUCUGCUACAGGCUGCUAUUCAACCCAACCUGCCGCUUCUCUCCGGUUUUAUAUAAAAUGCAACUUUGCUGUGACAUAAAACAUCUAGUGUGAUACAGUAACAUUUGGAAACAAAUAAUGGCCUCGACUCUAAAACAUCAUGUCUCUCGGCGGCUUUUGGAACUCUUCGUACAAGGCAGGCCGUCGACAAGUGAUGUCGUCAAACUUGCCUCAAAAGUGAAUCUUAGGAAAUCUGCUGAUUUUAAAAUUGGUCUUUCUGUUCCGACUGAUUCUCUAAGUGCCUGCAGCAAUAAUUUUAAUCUUGAAAAUGUUCAAAAUAGCCUAAAAGCAGAUAAUAUUGUCAAUUCCGUUUCUGUCAUCAAACAUCAAGGCAAAACAGACAUUUUCUUCCACCUACAUCACGAAAAUUUUGUUCGUGAGAUUCUUGAAAAUAAUGCUGCUAAAAAGCCUUUGCCAUCCCGUGGCAAACGAGUCAUUGUGGAAUUCAGCUCCCCCAAUAUUGCCAAACCAAUUCAUAUGGGCCAUUUACGAUCCACAAUCAUUGGCAACUUUAUUGCAAAUUUACAUGAAUGGUUUGGGUAUGAAGUAUUACGCUUUAACUAUUUAGGGGAUUGGGGGACUCAAUUUGGAUUAGUCAAGGUGGGGAUGAAAAUUUUAAAUCCCUCACAAGAAGAAUUAAGCCAAAAGCCUCUGUCUACGCUAUAUCAAGCAUAUAUUACUGCUAAUGCAGCAGCAGAAAAAGAUCCUGCUUUAUUAGAUGACGCACGGAAAAUAUUUAUGAACUUAGAAUGUGGGAAGCAGGAUGACAUCUCUGAUUGGAAAUUGUACAAAGAAUAUACCAUAGCUGAAUUAAUGAAAACCUACUCUCGGCUGGGAAUCGUCUUUGACAAAUACUCAUGGGAAUCUGACUACAAAGCUGAUUCUAUUGUUCAUAUUCUGAAACUGCUAGACUCGAGUGGACUAAUGGCAACUGACAAAGAAGGUCGCUCAAUUGUUAAUGUUGCUGGUAAAGAAGUUCCUGUGCUUAAAAGUGAUGGCAGCACACUUUACCUUACUCGUGAUAUUGCAGCAGCUAUCGAUAGACAAGAAAAAUAUAGAUUUGAUAUGAUGUACUAUUUAGCAGAUACAUCACAGCAUAGACACUUCAUAAACCUCUUCCAUAUUCUCAAAGAUCUUAACUUACCAUGGUCUGAGAACUUGAAACACAUUAGAUUUGGUCGUGUUCGUGGUAUGAGUACUCGUCAGGGGCAGGUUGUAUUUCUUAAUGAUAUCCUUAACGAAGCACAUCAGCUCAUGAUUAAGCAACAAAAGGAAAGUCCCAAUACCAAGGUUGACCUUCUGGAAGACCUAACAACUGCGGAUAUUCUUGGAGUUUCUGCAAUUGUGGCCGCAGAUUUGAUUCAUAAAAGGCAAAAGGAUUACACCUUUAACUGGGAAUCUGCUAGAUCUAUUACUGGAAAUACUGGAGUCAGACUGCAAUAUACUCAUUGCAGAUUGAAAAGUCUUCAUGAAAAUAGUCCUUUGGCCUCUGCUCAUAUAUGUGAGCCACUCCUAUUGUCUGAAACUGCAGCUGUAAAUUUAGUGUUUGAAAUCUCAAGAUUUGAAGAAGUGCUUGAAAGAAGUUUUGAUGAAUUGGAAGCCAGCAAACUCUCUGAGUAUUUGUUCACACUAUGUGACGCUAUUAACAAAGCCAUGAUUGCUCUUCAUGUGUCCAAUGCAGGCAAAGUAGGAGAGCAGAGGUUACGGCUCUUUGAAGAAGCAAGAAUUGUUCUCCACAGGGGCAUGACUCUUUUGGGUCUCUCACCAUUAAACCGCAUGUAGUUAUGAUAAAAGGCUAAAAUUACAUGUGUAGCAGGUAGUAAUAAAAACACUAUUCUAAGCAACA